AUGAUCAUACCGAUCACUCUUCCAAUCCCGUCUUCGUCCAACCCUUCGGCGACUCUCCCUCCCACCCUCGCCUCCCUCGGCUCUUCAGAGCUUUGUCUCAUAGAACUUCAAGGUGAACUCGAAGCCCAUGGCGACGUGCGCGGUCAAACUGUCGGCCAAUUGAAGAUUGACGAAGACGGAAAGGGCAAACCUACUCUUCGGAUAGGACAUAACCAACUAGAAGGGAAAUUCGUCAAUCUUCCAAAACCCCUUGCCGUCCUACACCGCGCAACGCCUCAUACUUCAGAUUCAGCAAUAGAUGCGUCUGCUGAGACGUCGAACACCGACACGGAAUCACGACGUGUCUCAUACACCAUUCGCGCUGUCGUGCGGAAGAAGCUCGUUUUCUCGAAGCGGCCGAUGCCUAUC